UCAUAAUUGAUCUCAAAUGAAAAGAAGAAAUUUUUGAAUUAUAGGUGACAUUUAUUCAAAGUAAGGGUGGUUCUACUUUCCAUGACAUGGUCUACAAUGCCCUAGGUGCCGUCAUGCCUGAUAAAGUUGCCUGUAAAUACAGCUUCUACGGACAGCAAAAGAAGGAAGCGUUAAAGGACCUUACUUUAUGCAGCUGCAUAUUUAUUGCAGUUAAAGGGAAAUUCCCGACGACUGGGACAGAUGACGAAAUAAAGAAAAGCAUUAAGAUGCGUUUGGACAUGACUACUACACGGGUUAAAUGUGCGGAAACUGCCGGACAAAUACGAUCAAAGUCGUUCAUGCCGGUGUUACCUGAGCUCGAUGAAGAGGGGCAGGAAAGUGAUAAGGAGUAG